UUUGAUGAAGUUCUAAAUAUUUUGAUAGAUAAUUUUCUUUUGCUGUGCAUAAGGAAUAAUUUCAUUACACAAUCAAUGUAUCUCAUAUGCUUAUGACACAAAUUUUAAAUAUGUCCAGUUAUAAUAGGAACUCAGAAUAUGAACCAAUUGGGGAGUCGACAUACCAAUAUUUGCGAAAUCCUGCUCAGGAUAAUGCAUCUUUCAUUAUAGUCGGCUUUAAAAAAGACCAACAAUGUGCAUUGCUAUACUAUGUUCUUAAUGUCUUUCUGGUAGGAAUUCCAUAUGCAAUGCUCACAUGGUUUCCAGCAUACAAGAAGAUUGUAUACAAAAAAAGCCCACUGAUAUAUGCAGACAUUAUAUUAAUUAAUGACAAUUUUGGCAAUUAUAAAUGGGUUGAUGUUAUUGUUGAGAGUACAGAUUUACCAGAUAAGGGUGUUGCAGAUUUGAAAAUUUUUAAUUAUCAGUUCAGCAAAUACAUUUGGCACCUAGAGAAAGGUUGUUUUGUAAUUCUAGAAGAAUUUAUGCCCAAAAUGACUUUAGAAGAGAUUUUGGAAUACUCCCAUGGACUUUUAGAAAAUGAACAGGCUAAACUAUUAAAAUUGUAUGGAUUUAAUACAAUUGAAGUACAAGUUAAAUCCUAUUAUAGACUAUUCAUCGAAGAAGUCUUCCAUCCAUUUUAUAUAUUUCAAGCAUUUUCUGUGAUCCUAUGGUUUUUUGAUGAUUAUAUGAUAUAUGCUGGAUGUGUUCUUGUUCUUACAAUAUUUUCAAUUGUCACUGCCCUUCUGCAAAAUCGCAAGCAAAGUUUGGCUCUUCAUAAUUUGGUUCAAACAUCAAACAGCAGCCAAGUGGAAAUAUUACGGCGCCAAUUGAUUUCAAAUACGCCAACUUCAAUUGACAGUAAGAACUUGGUACCUGGUGAACUUUUGGUAAUUCCAAGAUCGGGCUGCAUCAUGCCUUGCGACGCUGUUCUAUUAACGGGGAAUUGCAUUGUCAAUGAAAGCGUGCUUACUGGGGAAUGUGUCCCGGUAUUGAAAACACCGCCAAAUGCAAGCAGUGAUGUUUAUAACAUUAAUACUCAUAAAGCGCAUACACUAUAUUCAGGAACUUGUGUUGUGCAAGGCAGAUUUUAUGGAGAAGAGCAUAUACUAGCAAGAGUUGUCAAAACCGGAUUUGAUACUACGAAAGGCUCUUUAGUGAAAAGCAUAAUGUUUCCAAGUCCCGUGGAUUUUAAAUUUUACAAGGACAGUCUGAAAUUCGUUUUCUGUCUAUUCUUCAUCGCUUCGUUUGGAAUGGUUUACUGCCUGUAUGUCUACAUACAAAGAAAUGCCGAUUUAAGGGAAGCAAUUAUAAGAGCUUUAGAUAUAAUCACCAUUGUUGUUCCUCCGGCUUUACCUGCUGCCAUGACGGUCGGUAUUGUUUACAGCCAACAUAGGCUUAAGAAGUUAGGCAUUUUUUGCAUAAGUCCAUCAAGAAUUAAUAUUUCUGGUAAAUUAAAAUUAGCUUGUUUUGAUAAGACCGGUACAUUAACACACGAUGGCUUAGAACUAUACUCGAUACUUGCGUGUUACAAUAAAAGGUUCGACGAUGCGACCACCGAUGUUCUAAUGUUAGACAAUAAUAGUCCCUUUAUACAAGCUAUGGCUACUUGCCAUUCCUUAACGAGAAUCGAUGGUAGACUGAACGGAGAUCCUUUGGAUCUAAACAUGUUUGAGAACACAAAAUGGGAACUAGAAGAGCCAGGAAACGAGGAAACUAAUUAUGACAUGCUGGCUCCAACAAUAGUUAAACCUAUUCAAAAGUAUAUUAGUCAUUCGAAGUUGAACAACCUUGGUGGAGACAUGGAAAUACCUUACGAAAUUGGUAUUAUCCGACAAUUUCAAUUUUCGUCGACAUUGCAGAGAAUGUCUGUAAUUUGUCGUGUACUGGGCUCGCCGAACAUGUUGAUAUUUACUAAAGGCGCUCCCGAGAAAGUAAAAACCAUGUGUAAAGAAGAAACCGUACCCCCAGAUUUUAACUGCCAAUUGGCUCAAUUCACCGCACAAGGAUUCCGUGUCAUAGCAGUGGCGUACAAACAGUUACCGAACAAAUUCAAGUGGAAGCAGGCUCAGAAAGUCAACAGGGAAACGAUAGAAUGCGAUCUGAACUUUCUUGGUUUCAUCGUCAUGCAGAACACUCUGAAACCAGAAACCACACCUGUUAUUCAAACACUCCAAGCAGCCAACGUGCGAACCGUGAUGAUAACUGGGGACAAUGUGAUGACGGCGAUAUGCGUUGCUCGGGAAUGCGGUAUGGUUAAAAUUAAUGAUAAUGUGAUCCUGCUGCAAGUUCAACAAGGAGAAGGCAUUCCCAUUAUAUCGCUAGAACGCAUUGGUAAUACAAAUAGUUCGAAUCAUGUUAUUAGUUUCGAUGAAGACCAUUACCACUUUGCACUGGAUGGAGAAGUUUGGAGCACACUGAGAACUCAUUAUCCUGAUAUAUUGCCUAAACUUCUUUUGCGAACUACAGUCUUUGCAAGAUUUCAACCGGACCAGAAAACACAAUUGAUAAGUGCACUUCAGAGUUUGGAUUAUAUUGUUUCAAUGGUCGGCGACGGUGCAAAUGAUUGUGGAGCACUAAAAGCAGCGCAUAUUGGUAUUUCCCUGUCUCAAGCUGAAGCCAGUGUUGCAGCUCCAUUCACAUCUUCUAUCGAUAAUAUUUCUUGUUUGAUUCAUUUGAUACUCGAAGGUCGAUGUGCUUUAGUUACAAGUUUUGCUGUCUUCAAAUAUAUGGCACUUUAUAGUUUAAUUCAAUUCUUUACUAUCAUUAUUUUAUAUAAGAACAAUUCUAUUUUGGGGGAUCAACAAUUUCUGUUUAUAGAUUUGAUUAUAACAACCAGUUUAGCUGUGACAAUUGGAAGGCAGGGCCCAUCGAAUCGCCUUGUUGCCAAAAGGCCAAUGGGUUCUCUGAUUGCCGGUUCAAAUUUGAUCCCGUUAGUUUUUCAGAUUGUAGCCUGCGCACUGACACAAUAUCUAGCAUUUUAUUAUUUAACAGUACAAGAAUGGUACAAACCCAACCAACAAGAAAAAGACGAGAUCGUACUUUGUUGGGAGAACACAGUGCUUUUCACGGUGUCCUGCUACCAAUAUGUAGUUCUAGCAUUGAUGUACUCCAAAGGCAAACCAUAUAGGGAAGUGUUGAUUAACAACUUUUGGCUUUUGUUUUGUUCGUUGACGUUAAUAUCUUUUACGACAUACCUGGGGAUUUAUCCAGCCAAAUUUGUGGCAAAUUUCUUCGAAAUAAUUUAUCUGCCUUUAAACCAGUCAAGUUUACAGAGAACCUUUAAAGAUACGUUAAUGUUGUUUCCUUUAGCGCAUUUGUGCAUUGCUAUGUUCAUAGAGUUCGGUAUAGCCGAAAGUAAAUGGCUAAAGAAAGUCGUCCAUUGCAUCCAAAGAAAGACCCAACCAAAGAAUCAUUAUAAAAAGUUGGCACAGGAAGCCGAUUUCAGCAGUUGGUUCCGUUUUGAAAAUGAAACUAGUUACAUAAAUAUCACGAUGAACGACGAAAGAUGACACGAAUUUUAUUGUAUAAUUAAUCAAGUCAAUAUUGUAACCAGUAUUUUUAUAAAUAA